AUCGCUAUAGUGAUUCAUUAGCAUAAUUAUUGACACAGAAUCGGUAUAUCCAGCGGUAUAUUUGCACUUUAUAAGGCAGUUUUGUAACUCAUUCUUGUUUAAGCUUGAAUGUAUACCCGAUUUUCGUGUAGAUUCAGCAAACUGCUGAAGUUCUCGUUCGAUCAGCUGUUUGAUCCAGUAAAUUCUCGCAACCUGAGCAGUAUGAGAACUAUGGACAAUCCAAAAAUUGCAAUCGCUCAGAUGCGAUCGACUAAUGACAAACAGCAUAAUUUAAAUCAGGUGAUAAACAUCGUCGAAAAAGCAAAAGAUCAGGAUGCCAAGUUUGUUUUCUUUCCGGAAUGUUGUGAUUACGUGGGUAAUAACCGAGAAGAAACACUAAAGCUAUCGGAACCUUUGACUGGACCAACGGUAAACAAAUAUGCACAACUUGCCAAAGAAAACGAUCUCUGGAUUUCGUUCGGUGGGGUUCACGAGGCAAUCUUGAAUGGCAAUGCUGAUGAUGAAAAGGUUGAAAACAUCUAUAAUACUCACAUCGUAGUUGACAAUCGGGGGACGAUAGUGGGCAAAUAUCGCAAACUACAUAUGUUCAAUGUAGUAACGCCAGAGUUCAAAUUCCGAGAAUCAGAAACGGUGCGCUCCGGCAGUGAACUGGUUCCGCCGAUUGAAACACCGAUAGGUAGGCUGGGAAUGCAGAUCUGUUACGACGUACGUUUUUCAGAAGCGAGCACCCUUCUGCGGAAACAAGGAGCAGAGAUAAUAACCUAUCCGUCUGCAUUUGCCGUGUCCACGGGUAGAGCUCACUGGGAAGUGCUGCUGCGAGCUCGCGCUAUCGAAAAUCAGUGCUUUGUGAUAGCGGCAGCUCAGAUCGGGUUUCACAACAAAAAACGCGAAAGCUAUGGCCAUGCUAUGGUUGUUGAUCCCUGGGGAGUUGUCCUGGGGGAAGCCGGUCAGCAAGAUCUGGACGUCGUUGUUACGACUCUAAACUAUGAUCGGCUGGGUAGCGUAAGGCAGAAUAUGCCCUGCUUUGAACACCGUCGUGAUGACAUUUACAAUUUGUCCUGUCGCGAUGCACUAGCAGGACCGCCAUUGCUGGAGCAAAAAUAUCUAUUUGGAGGAUUCGAUAUACCAAAAGAGACGGUUUUCUUCUCAUCGGAGCAUAGUUUCGCAUUUGUCAACAUCCGAUGUGUCGUUCCGGGUCAUGUUCUAGUGACCCUGAAGCGUCCUGCAUUUCGGUUACCCGACCUAACACCGGCGGAAAUUAACGAUUUUUUCCAGACCAUCUGUAAAGUUCAGAAAGUGGCAGAAAAAUUAUACGGAGUCACAUCGACUACGGUAACCGUACAGGAUGGGCCAGAUGCUGGCCAAACGGUAAAUCAUGUGCACUGUCAUAUUUUGCCUAGGCGUAAGGGUGAUUUUUCCGAAAAGCGUCAAUUCUAUAACGAGCUCAGACGGCAUGAUAAAGAUCCAACGAAACCCAAACGAUCCCCAGAAGAAAUGAAUGCCGAAGCGAAAAUGUUUCGAGAAGAAUUCCUGCGAAUGCAAUGAAAUUGAAAGAUGCACUUGAUUUUGAAUAAAAAUUUAAGAUCACAAAUAGGUAGUUGAUUAUGUCAAUAACUGUUCUAUUUUCCAACAGGUGUACGCAAACAGCCAACAUAAUUAGUUUGAAAAAAUUAGUCGAUCAAUUGGUCAACCGCUAUCAAAUGUUUUCCUUAGCUUUAUGCUCUCAUGUAGACGUUCUAGUGUCCACAAAACGUUCGGCAGCUCGACUUCCCGAUUUGACACCAGCAGAAAUCAACGACUUUUUCCAGACCGUUUGUAAAGUUCAAAAAGUGGCAGAAAAGUUGUA